UGGUCCGCAGGUGUGCAGAUGGAGUGGAGCUGCGGGCGAAGAUUGUGGAGACUGAAGCAUACCUUGGAGGAGAGGGAGCCGCUGUACUGCUGAGGUCCCUGGAGCCAGUGCAGGGUCAGUCUGUCAUGAGACAGUUGAGGAAGGCAAAGCGCAAAGAUGGAGCGAAACAACUGAAGGACAAAGAACUGUGCAACGGUCCCUCUAAGCUGUGCCAGGCGCUGGAUAUACCGCGCUGUUUUGACCGCCGGGACCUGGCUUCAGACCCAGAGGUUUGGCUGGAGAGAGACCCCAGUGCCGCUCCAGAAGAAAUCAGCAAUAUUGUGUCAGCACCACGAAUUGGUAUUGAAUCACAUGGGGAAUGGGCUAAGAAACCUCUACGAUAUUACAUAUUAGGCCACCCAUGUGUCAGUGUAAGAAAUAAAGAUGCAGAAAGAACUGUUGAAUCUGAAAUGGUAAAGAAGAAUUUAGAUUCUGUACAAUUGCCUUUAUUGGUAUAAUGUAUGCAUGUGUUUCAAUUACUGUAACUGCUGUUGCAAUGGUGCUAAUCUUUCAUAAUGGCACGUAUAGCACAUGAACACUGGGAUUAGACUGAACUUAACCUGGACUACCCAGAGCUAAACCAGGUCUAGAGCAGAGCUAGAAUCAAGACUACUUCAGGACUAAACUGGGCUCACACCAGGGUCAAAUGAGGAACACACCCUCUGAAACGCAUGGAUUGUUUAAAUUAUCCGUUACCAAAUUGUUUCAAACUGUACUUUUAAAGGAGUAAAACCUGAAAUGAAACUG